AUGGUUAGAGCACUUAAGCAUCAUGAAAAGAAGCUUUUGAGAAAAGUGGAUUUCCUAGAUUGGAAGCAAGAUCAAGGACAUCGAGAUACUCAAGUAAUGAGAACUUAUCAUAUACAGAAUCGAGAAGAUUAUCAUAAAUAUAACAAAAUAUGUGGUGAUAUAAGAAAACUAGCGAACAGACUUUCAUUAUUAAAACCAACUGACCCGUUUCGUAUAAAACAUGAACAAUUAUUAUUGGAAAAAUUAUACAACAUGGGAAUAUUAGCUACAAAAUCAAAAAUAAGUGACCUAGAAAACAAAAUAACCGUAUCUGCAAUGUGUAGAAGACGGAUUGGAGUGGUGAUGUGUAGGUUAAAAAUGGCAGAAACAUUAACAGAUGCUAUCAAAUUUAUAGAACAAGGGCAUGUCAGAGUGGGACCAAAUGUUAUAACAGACCCAGCUUAUUUAGUUACGCGGAACCUCGAAGAUUAUUUGACUUGGAGUAAAAGCUUGAAACCAGGUGAUGAGAUUCAGAUUGACGAUAUCAAAAUGACAGUUCCAAAACUUUCUCAUUAUCAAAUACUAGGAGUGAGUCCAAAUACUUCUUUCGAAGAAAUUAAAAAAUCAUAUCGUAAAUUAUCAUUAAAAUACCAUCCAGACAAAACACCAGAUACAAAACAUCAUGAGAAAUUUAAAGAAAUUAAUGCAGCAUUUGAAAUUAUCAGAGAUUACAAGGACGUUAAAAAGAAUUACACAAAUGAACGUGCCUCGACGGCUGCAUCAACUCAAACUUCAUUCAGUUCCACUUUCCCAUUCCGAUCUUCAAGCACUAAAGAGCAAAACUCAGGAAGUCUGAGAACAUACUUUUACACCAGAUUUAGCCAAACCUUCUCAUCUACACAUUCACCAAAUAAUCCAAGUUUUUUUGCUCAAGAAAGCACAACUAAAAGCGACUAUCCAUAUUUCCAGUUCUAUCAAAAGUCACAAGAGCAGCAAAGACAUGCAGCAGAAGCUGCAGCCAGACAUGCAGAAAGAUUAAAAGAGGAGAUGGCAGAGCGAGUCAGAGCCGAAGCUGAGCAUAUUAGAAAAGAGCUGGAAGCUCGUGCAAGAAAAGCAGAAAAGAUGGCACAGAGAGCAUUUAAGACUCAGAAUGAAUAUACCAAAGGAAGCGGUAUUGAUGAUGAUGAUCCCGACAUUGUUGAACUACCGUCCGAUGCAGACACAUUUUCACAAAAAUCUCAUAGAAAAAAAUCAUCUUCAUCAAGGAAUAAAAAAAAAGACACAGAUUAUCAAUCAGCUAAAGAGAAAAGACGAAAUUUAGAAGAAGCUGCAGAAAUUGCAAAUGAAUACAUGAAGGAUAGUUUUGGUUUGAAUGAUGAUGCUGAACAAUUUUAUCGAGACAAUAGGCAGAAAAACACUUCAAAUGUUGAGAAAGAAGAGUUUCAAAGUAGUAAAUUUGAUUCUGACCAAGCCACAUCGCAGUCAACCAGAAAUGGCAAAGAUUCCGAACAUCCAAUUAUACUCGAAGAGGAAAUGAGCUCUUCGGAAAAUGAGGACGAGCUGCAAGAUGAAGCAAAUAACUCUUUUAUGAACGCACCAGAUGCAACUACUGAUCCAAAUUCUUUCGAAGAAAAUGAGGAAGUAAAUACCAGAUCCAACAAGUAUAAUGCUGACAUUUUAAACGAGAAUAUUCAAUUUAAUGUUAAACCUAAAACAACUCCAAGGAGUAGCACGGCUUCGCCAAUACGGACAAGCAGAGUAAAUCCAAUAUCAUUCACGUUAUCUUCAAAUCAGACUAAAACGAACCAUGUUUGGCCACAACCAACCGCACCACAUAAAAGAUCAAAAGUAUCUUCGACUAACCUACCGCCGUCUUCCUCGAGACAAUCAGCAUUUGAUAUGAAUGGUUUUGAUAUAAAGGUUGGGGAUAUAGAGGAUGUAAAUUUUAACGAGAUUUAUGAAAGUUUACCUGACGAUCAAAAACGAAAAACUAGACAAUCAAAUAAUAUUCAAGGUAAUUCUGAAAGAAAAUUUGAUUACAUUAAUGGUAAAUUGAAGGCUGAUAUACUAUCCAAACCGCUCAACAAACAUCCGGUGCAUGGUCAUUCAUCCACAUUCAACACCACACAAUUAAGUGUUUUUGAUUUGCACGCAUCGCCGAAAGUUCAUAACUUUACUGCUCCAAAUCCACCUUCGAUAAAUUUAGAUCCAUCGACAAUUACUGAAGCUAAGUGGUCAGAAUAUAUUGAAUCAAUAAAGGAUUAUCAAAGUAAAUUUCUACGAUAUAAAGAGGCGAUUGUUAGAUAUCAAAUGGAAAGGACUGAAAAAGACCUACUAUAUUCAAAUCUUUUGGACCUGAAUAUGGGUGUUUACAACCAGUGUAUAGCUAGAGAUUUGGAAGUAGUCUCACAAUUGAAAGAUGCCACUUUAGCUUUUCAUCAAGUUAUGUCAAUGUACGCGUUGAACAAAAAAUGGUUUGGCGGGAAAUAG